GCUGCCAGCACAAUGUCCGGACCCGCUGGUAGGAGGAGCAAUUCGCAACCGCAAUACCUGUCUUCGGCUCCGGGAGGCAUGACGGGGAAGGACGGGCAGUGGGCUACGAUGGAUCCAGACGAGGUCUUUCGGAGGCUAAACGUCAAGGAGGUGAAGAAGGUCGAAGGGUUGCUUCGAGCGAGCGCUGCUGGAAAGCAGGGAGAACUGAGGAAUAUGGUCAGCGAGAGGUACCGAGAUCUCCUGCUCUCAACCUCCCAAAUCUCACAACUUCGAGACUCUUCCCUCCGCCUUUCUACCACUCUCAAACACAUCGAAAGCCUAUGCGCCAGCCCCAAGACUAUCGGCACGAAUGGGAAUGGACAGGUGGAUGUCUCCGACGUCAAGAACCAACUUCCUACCGCUGCUUCGGUCAAGCUUCUUCUCGAUGUGCCUGAAGCUCUGUAUUCGUACCUGGCAGGGAAACAAUUCCUCGAAGCUGCAUAUCUGUGGUUGCUGACAAGAGUCGUCAAAGAGGAGCUUGUCAGCUCUUCUGGCGCCGAGUCGGAUGAGAAGGGCUCUACUAAUCAGACCUUUCUGCCAUUAGUACAAAAGCAGUGGGAGAUUCUCCUUCCUCUUCGUGGUCAGAUUGUCGAAAGGGCGACGACCUCGCUUCGGGAUCGGGCUGCACUGGCAAAUGCGCUUCUGGCGAUUCUACUUCUCGAAGCCCAUAACAACCCUUUACCGGAGAUCCUGGACAUCUUCCUAGCCCAACGUGCCAAAUCUCUCCAAGAUAUCCAUACCGGCGCUGUGCAGGGCCGAACGAGUGCUGUCGGGUUCACCUUUGGACGUUCGACUGAACGAGCUGGACGAUCCCCCAUCACCCCUCGAUCUGCGUUACCAGAGGAAACCGGCCGCAAGAACAGGCACGCGAGGAAAGAUUCCCGUCUGAACGCUGCCGAGAUGUUACGUUCGCUUUCUCCCGCCCCUCGGAGGCUGGAGAGGUCGAACAGCGGUUCGUCGGCCAAGGGUGAAGAUGGUACUGCUCGGAAGGCGAAAGCGAAAGAGAGGAAGAGAUUGGCGGAACAAGCGAGAGCUAGCAAGAUCUUUGAGGACAGCGUGAUCGGAGCGGGGGGUGUUUCUGCUGCAAGCCUAUUACGAGCGAUGCCUUCGUCGCAGAUCUUGCAAGCGUACCUUCCGGCACCUAUCAAAAACUUCUCACCUUUUAUCGGAAGUAUAGGAGAAGGUACCGACAAGUCGGAACUUCAAACCGCGCUAGAUACUUGGUUUGAGCAAAGCUUGAAGCGGUUGGAAUCACAAGCCAAAGAUUGGCUAGGAGGUCUCGAGACUGUGACAGACGUCUGGCAAGUCAAGCGGCAAUUCUCGACGGUAUUGACUGGAUUAAGGAGUCUGGAGGAGAACAAGCUCAGCAGCGAAGAGUUGGAUCGGUUGAGCCAUGCUCUGUCAACGGCUUUCGUCGAUCGCGCUCGGAGUAUAUGGCAGAAUCGGCUCGAUGCUACCGCUCAUGCGCUGGAGGAUGGACUGCAGGACGAUAUAGACUUGUUGAUGGCAGGAAACAACAACGCUGCGCAAGACCUACAUCCCUCCCUGUCCUUCUUCGCGCCUAUCACAUUCCCUGAUCAUAGAUCGGUCAACUCUUCUUUCACUUCGACGGAGCUACCAGCAUUCACAUCAACCCUUAAGAAGCGCUUGCAUAGCAGAACACCUAUUCUUGACCGACGGCUGGCCGAGCUGGAACGCAUGGCGCUUGAAAUCAGAUCCGAUUUGCGGUCUUUGAAGGAGGACCCCGAAGACGCUGUAUUGCUCGACCGUUACCGGAAAUCAGCAACGCAGACCGCUCAGGGCAUUGUCAAAGACAUAUCAAAAUCCCUCGAGAUGGUCCGGCAACACAGUGGGGUCGAUGCCGAUCGUGCUAGUACUUGCUUGUUCAUCGGUCGACUGGCUCUCGCUCUGAUGACUCAGUCCAAGGCGAUGUCUGUACUAUUGCUUAACAAGCGAGCAGUCGGGGAUGUCGCUUCAGCUCUGGAUUCCGUGUAUAUGGCGUCCCUGACCGAGUGGAAAGAGAGAACAGUACAAGACGGACUUGACGUGUUCGCUGAAGCGAUCACUGGAUCUGUGCCUGAGACUCGCAGUGUCGAUCUCGGCAAUGGUGUGAUCUUCGCCCUGCAAGAAAUGGCAACGGCGCUCUUUGAUAGUGGGCUUCCGAUUGAAUAUCGCUCAGCGGCCACUGAAGAUGUGUGCAAAGACUUCGGUAGCAGAGCAAUCAAGUUGGCAAAAGACAAACAGAUGGACUUGCCCGCAGAUCAGCGUUCUAUGCUGGAAGCAAUCGCGAGUGGCGCUCAAGCUGGAUUAUCCGAGGUUGCGGGCAACGAAUUGCGCAAAACCCAGCUGUUGUUAUAUCCUGCCACUAGCUAUAUAAAAGCUCAUUCGGGGAAGCCAAGCGAUGCUCGAUAUGCUGAACUGUUACCCCUUGGCAUUCCCAAGACGAAUCACGAAUACGUAUCGCCCGUCCCCCUUGUCAAGCCGUCUGCACGGUUCAGCAUGUUGUCAAUCGUGUAGAUACAAUCGUCAUGGUGUCGUCAAUUCGUUCGUGGGCUUCGAUAUCCCGGAAGGGCAUACAAAGGCGUCUCGUGAUUUAGUCUAGUGUCCGG